AUGGGGCUGCAAGGUGGCCCGUUGAGAUGGGAUCAGAGCCUGUGGUUGGCGUUGGCCUGGACGAGUUCGACCUACCUGGUGGUCCCGCGGGGGCCGCUGCCGACGACCACGGUCUCGCCGGCGCUGCCGCCGACCUCUGGCGGCGACCCGCUGCUGCCGCCGCUCCUCCACCGGGCAGAUCCACCGCUCGGAGACCGGCCUGCCGCCCCUGGUGCUGGACCCCCUGGCAUCCGUGGGCGUGGCACGGCAAGAGGGGGCGAACGGCGCUGGAGGCUGCCGCCGCGGCAGCAGCAGGAGGCGGCAGGAAGUCCCACGUGGAGAUGA